AGGGGGGUGACCACAUGGAUUGAGAACAGUGGUGAGCUGGGAGGGAAUACUAAAAAAUGAUAGAUUUAGGGACUGCCCUCAAGCUGGUGACACCAGUCUCUUAGGACUUCCUGGGGUCUAGAGAUCUGAUACUUCACAGUGCCCUCAUGUAAAAGAGGGGUUAAAAGAAGUUUUGUCUGCAGUGCCCCAUUAUCCAGAGCCCUAGUAAGCUCACCAGCCCAUCUUGGCCACUUCCCAGUCUCCUCCUAACCUAUUGAGACACUGAGACAGCAGUUUUAAUUUCACUUCCUCAACUUUAAUAAGGUCAGCUCGGAAGGGGAAAUAAAACCCAACACUCUUUUCUCCUUGCCCCCUCCUUGGCCUAACAUCAUUGGUGAGAUGAGGUGGCUUCACCCCAGCUCCCUCCCUCCCCACCCCAUUAGCCAGGCUAGUGUGAAUCAUUCUGAACCAGACCAGGUGCACAAGGGCCUGGGCAGGACUUCUGACAAGCCAGCCAGUCCAGCCAGAAUUCUCAUCCCUUAGAUUUUCCAUCUCCAAAGCCAUUGCCCCUCUGGCCUGCUUUUUGCUGGACUGCCUGCUCUAUAGCUGGGAAGAAUGUGGCCUCUCUGGAAGAUUCCUGUUUGACACGGUUCUCCUCUUUCCUAGUGGUCACCAAGGGUGGCAAGAAAAAGAAGAAAGCCCUGAGUUGGGGGGGACCAGGAUGCCUGACCGGGACAGCUAUGCCAACGGCACUGGGAGCAGCAGUGGAGGCCCUGGAGGCGGUGGCAGUGAGGAGGCCAGUGGGGCAGGGGCAGGCAGUGGCGGGGCCAGCUCAGAUGCCAUCUGUAGAGACUUCCUAAGGAAUGUGUGCAAGCGAGGCAAGCGUUGCCGCUAUCGUCAUCCAGACAUGAGUGAGGUAUCCAACUUGGGGGUGAGCAAAAAUGAGUUCAUCUUCUGCCAUGACUUCCAGAACAAGGAGUGUAGCCGCCCAAACUGCCGAUUCAUCCAUGGCUCCAAGGAGGAUGAGGAUGGUUAUAAGAAGACAGGAGAGCUUCCCCCUCGGCUGAGGCAGAAAGUGGCAGCUGGCCUGGGCCUUUCACCGGCUGACCUGCCCAAUGGCAAGGAAGAGGUCCCUAUCUGCCGUGACUUUCUCAAGGGUGACUGCCAGAGAGGAGCCAAGUGCAAGUUCCGCCACCUGCAACGGGAUUUUGAGUUUGAUGCUCGGGGUGGAGGAGGCAGCGGUGGCGGCGGCUCAGCAGGCCCGGUACCCCCAGGACGACGUCAUGACCUCUAUGAUAUCUACGACCUCCCUGACAGGGGCUUUGAGGACCACGAGCCAGGCCCCAAGCGCCGGCGAGGUGGAUGCUGCCCCCCAGAUGGCCCCCAUUUUGAAUCCUAUGAAUAUAGUCUGGCUGCACCGAGAGGCGUGGAGUGCAGGCUGCUGGAGGAGGAGAAUGCCAUGCUCAGGAAGCGGGUGGAGGAACUAAAGAAGCAGGUCAGCAACCUGCUGGCCACCAAUGAGGUACUGCUGGAACAAAAUGCCCAGUUCCGCAAUCAGGCCAAGGUCAUGACCCUGAGCUCUACUGCACCAGCGACGGAGCAGACUCUGGCCCCCACCGUGGGCACUGUCGCCACUUUUAACCAUGGCAUUGCCCAGACUCACACUACUCUCAGCAGCCAGGCUCUACAGCCUCGCCCUGUAUCCCAGCAAGAACUGGUGGCCCCCACUGGAGCUCCAGCUGCUCCCCCAGCUAAUGCUGCACCUCCUGCUGCUCCACCACCCCCACCCCCACACUUGAACCCAGAGAUCACGCCAUUGUCAGCUGCUCUGGCUCAAACAAUUGCCCAGGGGAUGGCACCCCCACCUGUCUCCAUGGCUCCCGUGGCUGUAUCUGUGGCUCCUGUGGCCCCUGUGGCUGUAUCGAUGGCCCAGCCCUUGGCAGGAAUCACGAUGAGCCACACCACCACUCCCAUGGUGACUUACCCCAUCGCUUCCCAGAGCAUGCGUAUCACAGCCAUGCCACACUGAGGGGGCUAAUGGACACUCCCGGGGUAUAGCCUCCCAGGGCUGGGGUCGAGGGGCCCUUACCCACUCGCCUAGCCCUCCCAGGCCCUGUCUGAAGGGCUCACUCAAGAACUAGGACGAGAGACUACAAGGAGUUUGCUGUUGAGAAGGGAUUGGGCUGGUCUGUUUUCUCUCACCUCCCUUUUAUGAGGGUCCUCUUGUCCAUCUUCCUUCAAGCCUCACAGAGGGGGGCUUGCAUAGGAGUGCAGACUGAAGCCAGCAGAGAGGAAGGACUGACCGAGGGGCUGUAUGUCCCCUGAUGGGAAGAUGGGGACAUCCUGGUCUUGUCCUCUCUUCUGCAUAGCGCAGGUUCCAGCACUGGCUUUGUAAGA